AGGGAAACUAAAGGUCAGUUUCUCAUAGAUCACAUCUGCAACUACUACAGCUUGCUGGAAAAAGACUAUUUUGGCAUUCGAUACGUUGACCCUGAGAAGCAGAGGCACUGGCUUGAGCCCAACAAGUCCAUCUUCAAGCAAAUGAAAUCUCAUCCACCAUAUACCAUGUGCUUUAGAGUGAAAUUCUACCCACAUGAACCCUUGAAGAUUAAAGAAGAGCUCACCAGAUACCUCUUAUAUCUACAAAUAAAAAGGGACAUUUUCCAUGGCCGUUUGCUGUGUUCAUUCUCUGAUGCUGCAUACAUGGGUGCCUGUAUUGUCCAAGCUGAACUUGGUGAUUAUGAUCCUGAUGAACACCCAGAGAAUUACAUCAGCGACUUUAAGAUUUUUCCCAAGCAGUCACAAAAGCUCGAGAAGAAAAUAGCUGAAAUGCAUAAAAAUGAAUUCAGAGGUCAGAGCCCAGCUGUCGCUGAAUUUAACUUGCUCCUAAAAGCAUAUUCUUUGGAAACCUAUGGUGUUGAUCCUCACCCUUGCAAGGACUCAAUGGGGACGACUACAUUUUUAGGAUUCACAGCUGCAGGAUUUGUAGUUUUCCAGGGGAAUAAAAGAAUUCAUUUGUUAAAAUGGUGUGAUGUCUAUAAACUGAAAUUUGAAGGGAAGACUUUUUAUGUGUUUGGAGCUCAGAAAGAGAAAAAGGCUGUGCUCUCAUUCCAUACCUCUACACCAGCAGCCUGCAAGCAUCUUUGGAAAUGUGGGGUGGAGAACCAGGCUUUUUACAAGUAUGCAAAAUCCAGUCAGAUCAAGACCAUGUCCAGCAGCAAGAUAGUUUUUAAAGGCAGUAGAUUUCGAUAUAGUGGGAAAGUAGCCAAAGAGGUUGUGGAGGCAAGCUCUAAAAUCCAGAGGGAACCUCCUGAAGUUCACAGAACCAGCAUUACCCAGAGUCGCAGCUCUCCCUCGUUGAACAAGCAACUCAUAAUCAACAUGGAACCUCUGCAGCCCCUCCUUCCUUCUCCCUGCGAGGAGGAAGAGGUUCCUUUAGAAGAAGGUAUCCAACUGCCAAAGGAAGAUGAGAUUUCAGUACCGGUGACUUCAAUCUCCCCAGUUAAGGACACUGGGGAGAAUGUUGAUCUUGCCAUUGAACAGGAAGAGAAGAUGAAAGAAGAACCUUUAACCAUCUCAGAACUGGUAUACAAUCCUAGUGCUAGCUUGCUGCCCACCCCUGUUGAUGAUGAGAUUGACAUGCUCUUUGAUACCUGUCCAAGAGUAGAGAAUGAAAAAGAUGAUACAGAUUCAUUUGAGGAACUGGAAGCAGAUGAAAAUGCAUUUUUGAUUGCAGAGGAGGAAGAACUGAAAGAAGCUCGGAGAGCACUUAGGUGGAGCUAUGACUUUCUAAUGGGCAACAUAGAGGUGAAUGCUUUUGUGAAGAGUUUCUCCAGACUUCUCCUCGUGGGCCUUGGACUGUUGUUGUUUGUGUUCCCUCUUCUGCUUGUUCUCUUGGAGUCGGACCUUCAAAUCUCUUUUCUCCAUGAAAUCCGUCAGACACCGGAGUUUCAGCAGUUUCAUAUUGAAUAUUACUGCCCCCUUAGGCAGUGGGUGGCUUGCAAAAUAAACUUCAUUUGUGACAUGCUGGGAAGCUUUUAA